ACAGCAGAGCCUGCGGAAGGCGGCGGCGGCGGCGGCACCUGCGAGUGGAAGCUGGGCCAGGGCAUGGUCGCGCCCGCCGCGCUGUGAGAGCGGAGCGGCCGCUGGGUCCGCCAUGCGCCGGCGGCGCUGACAUGGGCGCCAGCGGCUCCAAAGCUCGGGGCCUCUGGCCCUUCGCUUCCACCGCGGGGGGCGGCGGCCCAGAGGCGGCAGGCUCCGAGCAGUCUUUGGUGCGGUCUCGAGCCCGAGCAGUGCCUCCCUUCGUAUUCACGCGCCGCGGCUCCAUGUUCUAUGAUGAAGAUGGAGAUCUGGCUCACGAAUUCUAUGAGGAGACAAUCGUCACCAAGAAUGGGCAGAAGCGAGCCAAGCUGAGGCGGGUACAUAAGAAUCUGAUUCCUCAGGGCUUCGUGAAGCUGGAUCCCCCCCGAAUCCACGUGGAUUUCCCAGUGAUCCUCUAUGAAGUGUGAGCCUGUGGUAUGGCAGACACGAGUACCCACUGCCCCAGCAAGAAACUCCCAGGACCAAGGUGUAGCUUCCAUUCAGGAGUCCAGGCUGGUGCCACAAUCCUGAAUAAACUAAACUCCAUUGGCCCAGAACCUUCAGUUGUAAGAGGGGCAGACCCUCAGUGUUAACUGGUAUUGCUUUAUGUCUGAACAAUAAGCGGUGGGUGGCUGGUGAGGGCUAAUGACAGAAUUACCAGCCCGUCUCCCCCAGCCACUUCUGCAAGAAGCAUGACAGGACACAUGCCGGUCAGGAAUGCCUGGUUCCUCCUUACUUGCCUGACCUGCUUUCUUCCAAGCUUGCCUAGGGCCCGGCCCUCCUAGAAGCUACAGCACUUUACAAGCAGAGUCUGCCUUCUUCCGGCCCCUGGGCUGUAGGGGCUCUACCCAAGUGAGAACUUCCUUUCCCUCACUCCCCUUACCCUUAGUCAGAGCAUUUCAGCCGUUUGCUACCUCGAUUCCUCCUGUAUCGGACUGACUGGAGAUGUGAGCCAGCCUCCUCCUUCCUGCCUACCUGCCACGUGCUCCCACUCUAAGCUGGACACUUUGCUGGCUUUCAGUAAGAAUGGGGACCGGUGUGGAGGCUGCUCCCUUCACCCAGGGCUGGACUGAUCUCUCCUGAUUUCAACCAGUUGCCCUCAAGUUGAGAGGGUACAGGCCGGGGUCAGGACAGGCUAUGGUCGCCUGUACCUGUGGGGACUUGCCCCAGACCACAUAUUCCGUCACCUCCCUUGUCUUUGCACCAGUCCCACAAAUCCCCAGUUGUAGGGGAGAGGUGGUCCACCACCUAAUGGUAAGAAACAACUAGGGCUGGUGCCAGUAGCAAUGAGGAGCCCAUCCCCCCCCCUUCUCCUACAGUAUCUUUACCCCUUCAGGGUCCGGUAAGGGAAAGUACUGGAGCUCCUUGGUAAGGACAGAAAGGAGGGGGAAAUACAUAAAAGGCGUAAUUAAAAUGUGAAGGUUUGUAAAUAGCCUAGACCAUGAUAAUGUUGGGGCAGCGUGUGAUUUCUAUAGAGAUGGCUUUAAAAAAAACUAUUUGUGGAAGCUCUGUGCUUCCAGAGUGUGGGAAAUGGCUUGGGGAGAGCGGUUCCCAGCAUAGGAAGACUGUUGUGUUAUUUGUUCAAUUUCAAUAAAAAUUAUUUGUAGACCCUG